ACACACUCUCUCUCUCUCUCUCUCUCUCUCUCUCUCUCUCUCUCUCUCUCUCUCUCUCACACACACACACACACACACACUGCUCGCCUAUCAGUCGACCCACACCGGCAGCUCGUUGUUCGAUGUUUGUGUUGAUCGCAUCUGCUUCAGCGAAUCUGUAGCGCGCGAGAAGAAGAAAAAGAACACGCGCUGUCUAAUGACGAAAACUGUUGAGAGCAGCAGAGCUUUGAGAGGAGCAGCGGGAGGGAUGUCGACAUAUUAUUGACUUGUGUUGAGUGUCGUCGAGACGAGCGAACAGCGCCGCGGAUUUUCUUCUGACUCAACAGCAGUAAGAAUGACGGAAUAUAAGUUGGUGGUGGUAGGUGCAGGUGGCGUGGGCAAGAGUGCUCUGACCAUCCAGCUCAUUCAGAACCACUUUGUUGAUGAAUACGACCCAACCAUUGAGGACUCAUACAGGAAACAGGUGGUGAUUGAUGGAGAGACAUGUUUGUUAGAUAUCCUGGAUACUGCAGGUCAGGAAGAGUACAGUGCAAUGAGAGACCAGUAUAUGAGGACUGGAGAGGGCUUUCUCUGUGUCUUUGCCAUCAACAAUACCAAGUCUUUUGAGGACAUUCAUCAGUACAGGGAACAGAUUAAGAGGGUUAAAGACUCAGAUGAUGUGCCUAUGGUGCUUGUGGGUAAUAAAUGUGACCUACCAGCACGCACUGUGGACACAAGACAAGCCCAGGAACUCGCCCGUAGCUACGGUAUACCCUACAUUGAAACUUCAGCCAAGACAAGACAGGGAGUGGAAGAUGCCUUUUACACACUUGUCCGUGAAAUCAGGCAGCAUAAGUUGAGGAAACUGAACCCGCCAGAUGACAACGGCCAAGACUGUAUGAACUGCCGCUGUGUGGUGUCAUGAUCCGUGAUUGUGCAUGGCGUGGCUUUUAGAGCAGUGCAGCCCUACAGACCACAAACACUGCAACACCUACACAGACGCUGGACGUUUAGAGGAGACUGUGUAAAAGGGAAAUCUUUAUUCUGGCAGCCCUGCAGUCUUCUUAGGGAUGUUCCCGUCUCUGUCCUUUACUGGAAAGGAAAGAAGUUGUACCUCAUUUUAAUGGUCUCAACACUGGAGUUGCUACGACUGGAUGAGAGCUGUCACACUUAAAUAUAUUUACAUUAAACAAACUAUCUACUCUUAACUGAAAGAAAUAGCUCAGAAAAUAACCACUCAUAUUGCUUUGUCAGAUGUGUAUGUUAGAAAAACACUUUACGAGAUAGAGAGGAGAAUUACUACAUCAGUUAGAUUAGCAUAUGUCUGGAUGUGAGGAAGAUUUGUAUUGUCAUUUGCUUAGAGGAAGUCUAACCUAAUAAAAUGUACAUAAUUCAUUACGUUCUCUUGCAAAGAGAAUAGUCAUAUGCAGUAUGUGUAUCACAAGUUAUAGUGCAAUAGAUUGCGAUCAGAAGGUACAUCUCCGAUAGGACAUGCUAUGGAAUCGCAUUUAUUCUUUUUGUUUUUGAAUGGCCCUCGGGGUCUUUGAAUUGUGGCUUGAUUAAAUAUCCAGAUGUGAUGCUUUUCAUUUAUGCUAUUAGACAAAUGCAUCACAAAUAAUUGCAUUGGCUAAAGAAGACAAAUAAAUGAAGGUCUCUUUAAAAUAUAUAUAUAUAUAUAUAUAUACUUGUUGGAAAAUGAAUGCAAACUUUAAACUUAAAAGCUUAGACUGAAAAACAUUUGUUGAUAUUCUUGCCAGAACUGUGCUGUUCCCAUGUUCAGGGCAUAAAGUUGAAACUUUAAGUCAUUACAUGCCUAGAAUCAUAUUUUCUAAUCUUCAACUGCAUUUUUUCCCCUUGUGCUUUUAUGAAGAAAAUUUUUCAUGUUUGAGUAAAAAUACUUCUAUCAGACAUUAGAUUGCUUGUAUUAUACAGAACCGUCUUUCUGUUAGAUUUCAAAUCUAAACAAAGGUCUUUCUAUAAUUAAUUUACAUGAAUCAGAUGAACACCUAACAAUGUCUUUGACUAGCAGUGAGUGUCUUCUUUUUCUGGCUGAAAUUUGAUGAUUUUGCCCGAUAAGGAUUGCAGAGUGUUUUGUUCUAUUGAUUGUUCUCAAGGACAUACAUGGGCGGAUAUGAUUCUCCCUUUAAAUCACAUGUCAGUAGCUAUGGUUAUGACCUUCAAGGGUUUCUGUCAGAAUGCUGUGGGCAUCCAGAUCGUUUUGAUGGAUUUGCUCUGCCACAGAGUAAUGUGGGUUUAUCACAUGGUGCCACUUACUGAAUAUUGUUGUACAUUAAGAUUGUUGGUUAAUGGCCAUUUUCCAAAACACUCUUAUUAACAUUAUGUAAAAUACACAAAUACAUGACCUCGAAUUACAUUGGACCUCUACUAUGUUAUUCUGUUUUGAACAUGUCAUAUGCCAAAUGCUGCUAAUACAUUUUUUUUUUUUUUUUUUUU